AAACCAAACCUAUACUUGUACUCUAUUAGUUCCUCAUUCCUUAACAAACACAGCAUAUAGCAAAGCAAUGGGAAAUUGCAUAGUUUUGCAACAAAAGGUUGUCAAAGUAAUGAAAACAAAUGGGAAAGUCCUUGAAUAUAAACCUCUGAUGAAGAAAGACAAUGAAGUGUUAACUCCAGUAUCAGAGUCACCAACAAAAGUACCUGUCAAAAAGAAGGUUACCUUUGCAGAUGAAGUUAAGGAAAGUAGCAAAAAAGGUUCGGAUCAGGUUUUGAGGAUUAAGCUUGUCAUCAGUAAGAAAGAGUUGCAAGCUCUUUUGAUUGAAGGAGCAGUUGAUGGAAUGGUUCAAUAUCCACUUCAGAAAGAACGCAACUCCAAUAUUGAGAUGAUCAAGAGUGAUGAGUUCACUGAUGAUGACAAUGAUUGUAGUAUAGGAUGGAAGCCUGCUUUAGAUACUAUACCUGUAUUAGACUAGCUUAUUAGUGAAGGGGAGCCUUGGAGCAACGGUAAAGUUGUCUCCGUGUGACCUAAAGGUCACGGGUUCGAACCGUGGAAGCAGCCUAAUGACUGCAUUAGGGUAGAUUGUCUACAUCAUAUCCCUCGGGUGUCGCCCUUCGCCAGACCAUGUGUGAGCACGGAAUGCCUCGUGUACCGGGCUGCCUUUUAUACUAGCUUGUUAGUCUUCUUUGGGUUUUAGUUUCCCAUUUUGUGAACUUGUAAUAUAACUAUAUUCAACUAUGGUAACAUGCUAAGAACCAGAGAGGUACAAAGAAAACAGGUACUACUGUUUUAGUUUCUUCUCAUAGAUGAACAGAAGUACUUCUUUUCUUA